CUUACACUGGUACUGGGUGACCUCUGAUACUGUUGAAGCUCCAGAAAGAAGGCAACUGAAGAUGGCUUGGGAUGGUGGAGGACAUGAAGCCAAUGGCACAGAGGGCAAGAACUUCUACAUCCCCAUGUCCAACAGGACUGGGGUUGUUAGAAGCUUUUGAUACAACCAGUAUUAUAUGGUAGAUCCAAUGACCUACAAGCUGCUAGCUUUCUACAUGUUCUUCCUGAUCUGCACUGGAACUCCCAUCAGGUUGACAUUGUUGGUAACGGCUCAGAACAAGAAGCUCCGGCAACCUCUCAAACUCCUGGUCAACCUGGCUGUGGCUGGACUCAUGUGCGCCUUCGGAUUCACCAUCACCAUCACAUCUGCUCUUAAUGGCUACUUCAUUCUUGGAGCCACUGCCUGCGCUGUUGAGGGAUUCAUGGCCACACUUGGAGGUGAAGUUGCUCUCUGGUCACUGGUCGUCCUGGCUGUUGAGAGCAUCGUCGUCUGCAAACCCAUGGGAAGCUUCAGGUUCAGGAACUCUGCUGCAGCUGGAGUUGUUUUCACCUGGAUCAUGGCUUCCUGCGCUGGACCCCCACUGUUUGGCUGGUCUAGGUACCUUCCUGAGGGCAUGCAGUGCUCCUGUGGACCCGACUACUACACUCUGGCUCGCUUCAACAAUGAGUCAUAUGUCAUCUACAUGUUUGUUGUCCACUUCUUCAUUCCCGUCUUCCUCAUUUUCUUCACUUAUGGAAGUCUUGUACUGACCGUCAAAGCUGCCGCAGCCCAGCAGCAGGAGUCAGAGUCCACACAGAAGGCAGAGAGGGAAGUGACACGUAUGUGCGUCUUGAUGGUCUUUGGCUUCCUGGUAGCUUGGGUACCAUAUGCCACUUUUGCCGGUUGGAUCUUCAUGAACAAGGGAGCUUACUUCUCCGCCAUGACUGCAGCUCUCCCCGCCUUCUUUGCAAAGAGCUCUGCUCUGUAUAACCCUAUUAUCUAUGUGCUGUUCAACAAACAGUUCCGUAACUGCAUGCUGAGCACUGUUGGAAUGGGCGGCAUGGUGGAUGAUGAGUCCUCAGUUUCUGCCAGCAAGACAGAAGUGUCCUCUGUGUCUUAAUCACAGUGACAUACUCUCAUCUGUGGACAUUUUACUUUCAGAUUCAGAUCCAGGGGGAGAAACAAAAAGAACUUUUGCCAAAUGGAUUUGAUGAAUGGACUCACACACUAAGGAAUUCUUACUCACCUGUUAAUAUGUAAAGAAAUACAUUUGCUGUGAAGAUGAUAUGGUGCAGCAUUUGUGUCUGUGUGCGUGGAAGAACAUAAUGAGUGAAUGAGUGAGUGAGUGUGAAUGAACCGUGACUCACUGUACAGUAUUUGAUGAUGGAAAAAUACACCUCAACUCUGAAGUCAAACUGAACCUGAUGAAAUGUGACAACACUUUCUGUUACACUUUUCAUGUAACUAUGUGGAGGAGCAUAUGCUUUACUGGUCUACCAGUGUUAUAAUUUUCAUGUAUUUUAUGAAAAAGAAAAAAAAAGAUUCAGUAGAUAAUAAAUGCAUUCAUGAAAAGAA